CUUUAUUAUUAUUACCACUUUUUAUUCUUUCAAUCAAUCUCCGGCAACCGCAUUAGAGAUGGAGGGUGACAGUCUCAUAAACCCUAAUGAAGAACAAAACCCUAAAAUGUCAAAUUCAAAGCCAAAGGUAGUGGUGAUAAUGGGAGCAACUGGUUCCGGAAAAUCACGCCUCGCAAUUGACCUAGCUUCACAGUUCCCCAUUGAAAUCAUCAACGCCGAUUCUAUGCAGGUGUAUGAAGGACUGGAUGUUCUCACCAAUAAAGUUCCAAUUCACGAUCAGAAAGGAGUGCCACACCAUCUGUUGGGUACAAUCAGCCCUAUGGUUGAGUUCACUGCCAAGGAUUUUCGGGAUUACGCAAUUCCUCUUAUCAGUGAUAUAACAUCCAGGAAUCACUUACCAGUAAUUGUUGGAGGCACAAAUUACUAUAUUCAGGCACUUGUGAGCCGAUUCCUUUUAGACGAAUCAUUUGGAGAUACAGAUGACAGCUGCUUAGAUGAAAGAGAUAAAGAACCACAUAUUCAACUUGUGUCGGAGCAAGAAAAUUUUAGUCGUAGUUACGAAAGUCUCAAGGCUAUUGAUCCCGUUGCUGCAAAUAGAAUUCAUCCAAACGACCAUAGAAAGAUAAGUCAAUACCUUCAUUUAUAUACUUCGUCUGGUGUUCUUCCUAGCAAAUAUCUUCAGGAAAAAACUAUGGAGAACUGGGGAGAUGCUGAUAAUUUGCGAUACGACUGUUGUUUCAUAUGCGUGGACGCUUCUCUCCCCGUUAUAGACAAAUACGUGGAUCAACGGGUGGACCAGAUGAUCAAUACCGGUUUACUUCAGGAAGUUUAUGACAUUUUUAACCCUGAUGCUGUUUACACUCGAGGUUUACGGCAAGCCAUUGGUGUCAGGGAGUUUGAGGAUUUUUUACGAGUUUAUCUUUCUCAAGGGUUGACGGUUACAUCUGUUGAGACAUUGAAAGAAAAUAUGAACACGAUUUUGAAUACGUCUAUUAAGAAUCCACUGAAACAACUUCUACAAGAUGCUAUUGACAAAGUUAAACUGAAUACCAGAAGGCUCGUUCGUCGUCAGAAAAGAAGGCUUAAUCGGCUGCAGACAUUGUUUGGGUGGAACAUACAUUAUGUUGAUGCAACGGAAUGUCUCUCAUGUUUCUCCGAAGAGUCAUGGACUGCAAAUGUGGUUAAUCCAUCAACCCAAAUAAUCAAAUUUCAUCUUGAAAAAGAUAUGAAGUGUGAUAUUGAUGCAAGAAAUGGUAUUAAUGGAUUAAAAUUGAUGGAAAGGGAUUUAUGGACACAACACAUAUGCAAGGCGUGUGGAAAUAAGGUGCUUAGAGGGGCAUACGAGUGGGGACAACAUAAACAAGGGAGGAGUCAUCGCAAAAGAGUUUGUCGGCUUAGGAAGUCCGGAGUCUCUGGCUUGGAUGAGUGACCACCCGACCCUGCGUAAUUAUCAAUUAUCUAUUCCAGGAAUCACAAUGGCAUAUGUUGGUUAAAUCUGGUAGUUUAUUAGGAUAGUUCUUUAUGUAGUACCAUACUUUCACAAUCUUACCAAUAAUAGCAGCAUACUUUCACAUGUGGUAAAUAUAAAUUAUGCUGCUAAUUUGGUAAAAAAAAAGAUAGAAUGAAACUAUGUUGUUAUAAUUAUUGGAGAAAAUGAAAGUGUUAUUACCUGUAAAAGCAUAAAGAUUUGUAAUUUUGCAGGAUUAGCCCUAGUCAUUUAGAAUGUUUGGUACAACCAGUUGUCUUUGUGGCAAAAAAGAUGUAAUAUUACAUCAAAAGACAUAUGAUUGAAGUAUGUUAUACAUAUUAUAAGGAA